AUGGUGAAGGCGAAGCUCCUCGCUGUGCUGGCCCUCGUGGCCGUCGCCGCGCCGUUCCUCCGCGCCGCCGGCCAGGAGGAGGGUGAGGGCGGGGCGAGGCCGUCGGAGCUGCUGCCGUUCGCGGUGGGCGCGGCGCCGGCGGGGUGCGACGUCGGGCAGGGCGAGUGGGUGUACGACGAGGCGGCGGCGCCGGCGUACGAUGAGGAGGCGUGCCCCUACAUCCCGGCGGAGCUGACGUGCCAGGCGCACGGCCGCCCCGACAAGUCGUACCAGCACUGGCGGUGGCAGCCCCGCGGCUGCUCGCUCCCCAGCUUCAACGCGACGGUGAUGCUGGAGAUGCUGCGCGGGAAGCGGAUGCUGUUCGUGGGCGACUCGCUGAACCGGGCGCAGUACGUGUCGCUGCUCUGCCUGCUCCACCGCGCCAUGCCGGAGGGCUCCACCUCCUUCGAGACCGUCGACGCGCUCAGCAUCUUCAGGGCCAAGGCCUACGACGCCACCAUCGAGUUCUACUGGGCGCCGCUCCUCGCCGAGUCCAACGCCGACGACGGCGUCGAGCACCAGCUCAACGACCGCGUCAUCCGCGGCGCGCCCAUGGACCGCCACUCGAGAUUCUGGAAGGGCGCCGACGUCCUCGUCUUCAACUCCUACCUCUGGUGGAUGACCGGCGACAAGAUCCAGAUCCUGAGGGGCGCCGACAACGACAUGAGCAAGGACAUCGUGGAGAUGGGCGCGGAGGAGGCCUACAGGCUGGUGCUGCACCAGGUGGUGCGGUGGCUGGACGGCAACGUGGACCCCAAGAGGUCCCGGGUCUUCUUCGUCACGGCGUCGCCCACGCACGCCACCGGCCAGCUCUGGGGCGACGAGGCGGAGGGCAGCAACUGCCACGGCCAGACCAAGCCCAUCGCCGACGCCUCCUACUGGGGGAGCACCAGCAGGGCGAUGCUGCGGGUCACCGGCGAGGUGCUGGCCGCGUCCGCGAGGGUGCCCGUCGGCGUGGUAAACGUCACGCAGAUGUCCGAGUACCGCCGGGACGCGCACACGCAGGUGUACCGGGAGCAGUGGGCGCCGCCCACCAAGGAGCAGCUCGCCGACCCCAAGAGCUACGCCGACUGCACCCACUGGUGCCUCCCCGGCGUGCCCGACGCAUGGAACGAGCUGCUCUACUGGAAGCUCUUCUUCCCCGCCAACGACCAGGCCCUCUGA